AUGAGCGGGAGAAUUCAUAACUUCAAAAUUUUGGCUGUUAAUUUAGAUGAUGGUGUAGUCGCACAGAGCAUGGAGGCAGCCUAUCAACAAUUGAAAUCGCCUGGAUUCCCAACUUUAUACUUCUUCAAUUCUACCACUUUCAACUCACCUGCUGAAAUCGAUCAAGAAGUUGUUAACGGCAACUAUUGGGCUGCUAUUUAUACCAAUGCAAACAUAUCAAACCAGCUGACUGAUGCGAUUAGUUCUGGAGGCUCAGUGGCCCGAUCGUACAAUUCAUCAAAGGCAAUCACUUACACUUGGAACGAAGUUCGGUAUCCGGCUUUCUCAGAUCAAAUCAUAAACAGCAACUUGAACAUCCUUAUCUCUGCUACAAGACUCGUUUUCAACCAAAUCUAUGGACCAACUGCUGCUAAAACCAUAAAACAGGGAGAUAAUGAUGCUCUUCAAGUAUUUUUAAAUCCUAUAGGAUCCACUGUCAACAACUUCCAAAGCACUACACAGGGUCCAAGACUUUUCUUCAAUACCGUUUCUGUUGCCAUGAUGAUUCUUCAGCAAUUUUUCUUAGUUUUGGGUCCAAAUAUGAUGCUGAUGGCCAUGGGUGUGUAUAAACAGUACUCAUGGCAAAGGACAUUAUUGAUUAGAAUGGUCUUUGCCGCCCUUUCAUCUUUCUUCAACGGAUUAAUAGUCAGCGGUUACUAUUGGGCUUUUCGAGAGAGCUGGGCAGUUAAUGGAAAUCAAUUUGUAUUAACAUGGAUGACCGUCUGGUUGGUUACUGCUAUUUAUCAUCUGUUUCUAUACGGAACAACUUGCCUGGUUCCGUUACCUGCGAUGCCACUUAUUCUCAUUACUUUCGUAUUCUUAAACAUCACUAGUACUGUGUCCCCAUUUGAUGCUAACCCAGGAUUUUACCGCGUCGGCUACGCAACUCCAGCCUAUCAAGCAUAUGCCACAUUGGUCGACAUUUGGUCUGGAGGUCGUGUCAACGCCUUAUACCGGUCUCUUCCAAUUCUGUUCUCCUGGCUCAUAUUACUAACAGCAUUUGUUGUUUUUGCACAUAGGUUUAUGUGCUUGAAACUGAAAAAAGCAUCUAUACACGCAGCACCAGUAGAUAAGACAUUAGAAGAUGAACAAGCAUAA